AGUGAAUCAGAGUUAACUCUGAGUUAACUGACAUUCGGUCGAAAAAUUGGAGUAGUUAACUGACGAUUGGGUACCCCAUUGGCACCCUCUUAAAGGUUUACAGGUUUUAGAAGAGUUUUUCCCCUUUCAAACUGUUAAAAUGCACAAUCAGCAGGUCUGUUCUUCUCCAGAACAUAUCUCGAAGGAACUGGAAGUAAUGGAAUAUCUUUCUGAGGAACAAAUACAAGAAUACAAAGUCGUAUUUGAGGCGAUCCAGAAAGAUGACAAAAGACCGAAGAGCCACAUUAAAAGACGAGAACUUGGGAUAGCCAUGCGGAUGAUUGGACUCAAUCCAAGAGAAGACGAUCUGCAAGAGUUUAUUAAUACGAUCGAAUUUGAAGAUAAUGGAAGGGUCGACUUUGCGCAGUUCGUCGAGAUGAUGGAAGAGCAGCGAUCACACAGUCAAGAGGAAGAAGAUGAAGUUCGAAUGGCGUUCAAUGUGUUUGACUCGGACUGUAGAGGAUAUAUCGAGGCUAAUGAACUACGAUAUGUGAUGGAGACCGUACAAAUAGCUCCAGAAGAAAAGCUAAAUGAAAUGUUACAAGAUCUGGGGAUUGAUAAGGAGAGGAAAAUCAGCUUUGAAGAGUUCAAGACGUUUGUUUCUCCCAAGACCAACUUAAAGUAAACAGGCAGCCCAGUGGGUGAAAUAUGCGCGAACGAUGUAGAAUAAAAGCCGAUUUAUUUGUCUCUCUUUUUCUCUGUCUGUUUCUUUUUCUCUCCUCUCUCUCUCUC